AUGAGCCUCUGGGCCGACAAGUACCGGCCCUGCUCGCUGGCGCGGCUGGACUACCACCGGGAGCAGGCGGCCGGGCUGCGCAGCCUGGUACAGUGUGGUGACUUUCCUCAUUUGUUAGUGUAUGGUCCAUCAGGUGCUGGUAAAAAGACAAGAAUUAUGUGUAUUUUACGUGAACUUUAUGGUGUUGGAGUGGAAAAACUGAGAAUUGAACAUCAGACCAUCACAACUCCAUCUAAAAAGAAAAUUGAAAUUAGCACUAUUGCAAGCAAUUACCACCUUGAAGUUAAUCCCAGUGAUGCUGGAAAUAGUGACCGGGUAGUAAUUCAGGAGAUGUUGAAAACAGUGGCACAAUCACAGCAACUUGAAACAAACUCUCAAAGAGACUUUAAAGUGGUUUUGUUGACAGAGGUUGACAAACUCACCAGAGAUGCUCAACAUGCCUUGCGUAGAACCAUGGAAAAGUAUAUGUCUACCUGCAGAUUGAUCUUGUGUUGCAAUUCUACAUCUAAAGUGAUACCACCCAUUCGUAGUAGGUGUCUGGCAGUUCGCGUGCCUGCUCCCAGCAUUGAGGAAAUUUGCAAUGUUUUAUCUACUGUGUGCAAGAAGGAAGGUCUGAAUCUCCCUUCACAGCUGGCUCGUAGACUUGCAGAGAAGUCCUGCAGAAAUCUCAGAAAAGCAUUACUCAUGUGUGAAGCCUGCAGAGUGCAACAAUAUCCUUUUACUGAAGAUCAAGAAGUCCCUGAAACAGAUUGGGAGGUGUAUCUGAGGGAGACUGCCAAUGCUAUUGUCAGUCAGCAGACUCCACAGAGGCUCCUUGAAGUUCGCGGCAGACUCUAUGAGCUUUUAACUCAUUGUAUUCCUCCUGAAAUAAUAAUGAAGGGCCUUCUCUCAGAACUUUUACAUAAUUGUGAUGGACAACUGAAAGGAGAAGUGGCCCAGAUGGCAGCUUACUAUGAACAUCGUCUGCAGCUGGGUAGUAAAGCCAUUUAUCACUUGGAAGCAUUUGUGGCCAAAUUUAUGGCACUUUAUAAGAAGUUCAUGGAAGAUGGAUUGGAAGGCAUGAUGUUCUGA